UGUCGCGCGCCGCGCUUCUCUCUUGCCGCUCUUUUUAUCGCGCCCGAUGUGCUCGCCGCGAGAGUGACAGCGGAGAAAAAAAAAAAAAAAAAAUGGUGAACGACAAGGAGCUGGAAGCCGCCGACGCCGCGAGACACCGGCAUGCCGAUUAUUCUUUUCGACUUCCCAGAGCCUUGAGUAUCGAGGAGAAGAGGUACUUGUUGUCUGUGGAACGUGGCGAUCUGACAAACGUCAGGCGCAUGCUGCUCGCCGCUGGCAAGCAAUCGGCCAAACAGGCGGCGCAAGAGCACAAGCUCGACGUGAACUGCGUGGACAGCUUGGGCCGCGGGGCCUUGACUCUGGCGAUCGAGUCGGAGAAUCUGGAGAUGCUGGAGCUGCUGGUGGUGAUGGGCGUCGACACGAAGGAUGCGCUCCUGCACGCCAUCAAUCAGGAGUUCGUCGAGGCCGUCGAACUGCUGCUCGAGCACGAGGAACUGUUGCGCAACAGCGAGAUCGAGGCGGCGGCCGCUGGAAAGCUGGGCGACAAGGAAGUGGUGCACAGCUGGCAGAAGGUGGACUCGGCGCUGGCGCGCUACCCACCGGACACGACGCCGCUCAUCUUGGCGGCGCAGCGCAACAACUACGAGAUACUGAAGCUGCUGCUCGACCGCGGCGCGACGCUGCCGAUGCCCCACGACAUCAAGUGCGGCUGCGACGACUGCCUGCGAGCCGGCCAAGGCGACCCGCUGAGACUGUCGAGCACGCGGAUCGCCGAGUACCAGGCGCUGGCGAGCCCGAGCUUGAUAGCCCUCAGCUCGCCGGACCCCCUCAUGACGGCCUUCCAGCUGAGCUGGGAGCUGCGGGAGCUGGCCCAGGCCGAGCCCGAGAGCCGCGAGGAGUACGAGGCGCUGCGCCUGCAGGUCGAGAGGUUCGCGGUGGACCUGCUGCAGCAGACGCGCAGCUCGUCCGAGCUCAACACCAUCCUCAAUUACGACCCGGACGACCACUCGGACGAGCCCAGCAAGCACCUCGCCAGGCUCGAGCAGGCGAUCCAGUACCGGCAGAAGACCUUCGUCGCGCACCCGCACGUGCAGCAGCUGCUCGCCUCCAUAUGGUACGACGGGGUGCCGGGCUUCCGUCGGAUGAGCCUCGUGCGCCAAGUCUGGAUACUGGUCAAGACGGCGCUGCUGUUCCCACUCUACUGCGCCAUUUACUUCUUCGCGCCCGAUUCGGGGAUCGGCCAGACGAUGCGCCGACCCUUCAUGAAGUUUCUCAUUCACGCCUCCUCGUAUCUGUUCUUCCUAUGGGUGCUGAUCCUGGUGUCGCAGCGCUUCGAGGACGAGCUGGUCGACUGGUUCGGCAGCGCGGAGAGCGUCGCGGACAGGCAGGUCCGGCAGCGGGGACUCGGCCCGUCGUGCCUCGAGGUCGUGGUGGUGGUCUACGUGGUGGGCUUCAUCCUCGAGGAGAUGCGCGAGAUCUACGUGGACGGGCUGCGCUCGUACCUGCGCAACCUGUGGAACUUCAUCGACUUCACGCGCAACAGCCUGUACGUGGCCGUGGCGAUCCUGCGCGUGGCCGCUUACUUCCAGCAGAUGUCCGAGAUCGACGGCGACCCGCAGGCGGCGACGGUCCCCCGGGAGAGCUGGCCCGACUUCGAUCCGCAACUCAUCGCCGAGGGCCUAUUCGCCGCCGCCAAUAUCUUCAGCGCGCUCAAGCUCGUGCACUUGUUCAGCAUCAAUCCGCAUCUCGGGCCCUUGCAGAUCUCGCUGGGUCGCAUGGUGAUCGACAUCGUCAAGUUCUUCUUCAUCUACACCCUGGUGCUGUUCGCGUUCGCCUGCGGCUUGAACCAAUUACUCUGGUACUUCGCCGAGCUGGAGCGCAAAAAGUGCUUCGAAGGCGAGGACGGCGCGCAGGAAGCUUGCGCGCGAUGGCGCAGGUUCAGCAGUCUCUUCGAGACAGUGCAGAGCUUAUUUUGGGCGAGUUUCGGCGGCAUCGGCAUCGAUACUUUCGAGUUGACCGGUAUCAAAAGUUAUACGCGAUUCUGGGGCCUGCUGAUGUUCGGCUCGUACUCGGUAAUCAACGUGAUCGUUUUGCUGAACCUCCUGAUCGCCAUGAUGAGUAACAGCUACUCCAUCAUCGAGGAACACGCGGACACCGAGUGGAAGUUUGCUCGGACGAAACUGUGGAUGAGCUAUUUCGAGGAGGGCGGCACCCUCCCACCGCCGUUCAACGUGCUGCCCCAUCCCAAGCUGUUCUUGCGACUGUGCGGCAUUCAGCGCAAGAGCAUGGCCAAACGCUCGAGCAUACGGAGGCGCGCGCGCGAGCACAAGUACGGGGCCGUCAUGAAGGCUCUGAUCUGGCGCUACGUGGUGAACGCUCACUCGGAGCACGAGAUGGAGCCGGUGACCGAGGAUCACAUUCACGAGCUCAAGUCCGACGUAUCGUCGUGGCGCUGCGAGCUCCUCGACAUUCUCAAGCGCAACGGCAUGGACACCAACGGCGCCGACACCACCGAACGCACUGUGCCGGGCAAGAAGAUGCGCGUCUGGGAGCGCAGGCUGAUGAAGGACUUUCAAGUGGCCUCUCCCGCCGAGGACUCCGGCGAGGAGAUCAGCCGGCUCGCCCAGGUACCGGAGAACGAGGAUCUCUCCGAAAAGUGGAAGAGGGUUGCUAAACUGGCUGUGCUCAAGUCGGCGGAGAGCCGAUGGUCGCAAAUGAUCGACAACUCGGUGCAAAAGUCGCAGAUCGGCCGGGGCAACGACCGAGUGUCGCUGAAGAACAAGGAAAACCUGCGACACGUGAUGGAGGAGGCGCGACGGCUGUCGCGGGCGAGUCCGCUGCCGUCGCUCUCGCCCAUUCGUCUGCCCGAGACCAGCGACCCCGAUAGCGUACUCAAGGUUCUGAAGAGCAGCGACUUCGAGGGAGCAUCGGGCUUGAGCUCGACGUCACCCGCGAGAAGUGAUUACUCGAAGAUGAACGACUCAGCGGUGAACUACAUCGACGAGCGCUACCAGACAAAGGCAGGCCAGUUGAUACCCGCGCGAACGUCGCCCCCGCGAGUGAUAAAGCGCAAGCCGAACGCUCCGACGGCGCCAGACGCUGCACGUCCCAAGAGUCCGAUCAAUCGCGAGAUACUCUCGGUGGACAAUCUUCGAGUUCCAGGCGUAAGCGGCAGCAACAUCGCGAGGCCAAGACCAAGGAGUCCUAAAAAUAUUCCCGAGUUGGCGAUUAUACCCAAUACACCGGAGAAACCGAGGUACGCGAGAGUUGACGGUAGAUCGCCUCGUGUAUCGCCUAGAAAGUCGCCCAGGAAAGGUUGGCUGUGAGGUGAUCAUUUUGAAAUACUGACUUGGAAAUUUAAAUGCAAUAUUUUCUAUAAAUUUCACUGAUUUCUUAAAGGCUUUUCAAACCAAAUGCAUAGAAUAAGAUAACUCGAGUUACGAUAUUAUUAUAGACAUAGCUAAGUACAAAAGAGCUCCAAAAAUAAUUUAUUACCUAUAAACGUAAAUAUACGUACGCCUUAAGCUAAUGUAAUUGUUAACUUCAUUGCUAUAAAACAAUUGCUUUCGUAUCGAUGAUGAAGUCAUCGAUGUUUUGUUAAAAAAGAAUGAUAACGGAAACUUGUAAAUAAAAAUUCGUA